UCCUCCUCCUCCUCCUCCUCCUCCUCCGUGUCUUCCUCCUCCUCCUCCUCCUUGUCGUCCUUCUCCUCCUCCUCCUCUACCUCUUUAAUGAAGGAAACCCCUGGUUCUUCUGUGUUUGUGGUUCAGAUUGCAGAGUAUGACCAGAGACUGAGACAGCUCGCAGAGGGAGGUGAUCAAGUAUCAACACUCAAUAAGAGGGCAAGGUGUUCGUGGGAACUUCUACAGCUGCACAAAGGUCGGCUGGAACUCGUUCUCGAAAGCAGGUCAGAGUCAGCCGCAGAGAGUCUGAGGAGCAUGGGCAUAAAGGAGCCAAACGCGUCACCAACAGAAGUAUUGAAUUUCAUUGAGGGUCUGUCAGGGGCUGUUACAGAGCAGAGUUUGGCUGAAUCAGCUAAGAUUCAGCAACAACAAUCCGCAGCAAAGAAAGGUGAUGCUGGCCGUGGAAGGGUGCAAGCACAGCUUGCAGAUCUAAGGAAACAGAUGGCAGAUUUGGGAAAUGCGGCGACAGAAAUAGCAGGGAAGAUAAGAGUGGCUGAAGAAGCACUUGUAAAACUGAGAACAGAGUUAUCGAAUGUGGAAGCCAGGCGUGCAUCUCUGCAGGAGCAAUAUCGUCAAAAAGCAGCUUCUGGGGGCAGUGGGACACGUGCAGCAGCAGCAAAUGUAGCCGCGGUUCCAUGCACACAGGUAGCAGCUUCGUUGCAGAAGCACGGUGCUCAGUUGAGUGCGGUGCAUGCGCUGAAGAACUUUGUUUUGAGGACACAGAAGUCAUGGGGGGAAAGAGUCUCGCGAGAACGGCAAGAUCCACGGCAGUCUAUGGAAUCUGCAGUUGGAGGAUAUCUUCAGGCACUUGCAGCUCAUUUGAGAAACAAGCAGCAGCAACAGCAGGAAGUUAAGCAAAGAUUGCGUUUCUGCCUGGAGAAGAUGGUGCCGCUGGAGACGGAGAUGCAUCAGCUGGUUCAUCUGAAGAAGACCUCAUUGGCCAAUGAGCUCGUGAAGCCGUUGCAGGCACUGCAGAAGAUUCAAAAGAUGCGUAACGAGCACAAUCUGAUUACGGCGGCGGCGUCCGCAGAGAUCUCUUUGACCCCUAUUCAGGCUCAUUUGCCCUAUGGAUGUGCAAGAGGGGUGGCUUCAACAGAGGCUCUUUCAGCACUUUUGACAGGUGCUCCAGGAAUAGACUUUCUCAGCAAUGCUUCAGGCUUGUCGACUCCAACGUCACCACCAACGCCACAUACAACGACUGUGGCCACACAAGGGCAGAUAGUUAUAUAGAGCUUGGGAUUGAUGUCUCCUUCACUCAGGCAAUGGUCGAGGAGGUAGCAUUUCCAAGGAAGUAUUGCAAUUGUUGAGUGGGUCAUGCGUUGCCUUGCUACUCUACUCAGCCAUCACCUUUGUGGCUUCGGCUGGUGGCCUCAAUCUCUUUUGGACACAGAUGUCAAUCAAGAUGCAUGCCCACAUUUGCUGCUUGUGUUGUGACCGUGGGAAAGUGGUCAUCUGUCCCUUAACACUCUCUCUCUCUCUCUCUCUCUCUCUCUCUCUCUCUCUCUCUCUCUCUCUCUCUCUCUCUCUCUCUCUCUCUCUCUCUCUCUCGGUCUCUCUCAUGCACGCACACACAGAGUAGCGCCCGUUUGCACCGGUCUUUGUCAAUGCAAUGUUCCGUCGACGUUUGGACAGUAGGCCAUGUGCCCAUUUCUCUAUAUUUUUCCAUGUUUGCUCUUCGUUCUACAGUUAUGCUGGUGAUGAUGCAUACAUGAUCAAGGUGGUGGCACCGCAGGGUGCUAAUCUCUUUUUCAUUCCCUGUUUCCCCACUUGUGCUGUGUUGCCCUGUAAUUUUAGCCUCAGGGGCGAGAGUAUGUGAGGUUGCUGGGCGGUGAUGUCAUUAUAAUAUGAUUAUAUUGAACACAUUCUUUAGAAACGUAGAAAGGCAUCUUCAGGACAUUUUGUAAGAGAAAAAUCUCAAAACCGUGUGCAAGAGGCUUGACCCUGGUUUGAUUUUCCGCUCUCUCGUGUUUUUUACCUUGCCGCUAGAGUUCUCCCCGACAAUCAAGCAACACACACACACGAUGCAGAAGGCUCUCCAUGUUUUUCCGGACCUUUGACAAAAAAAAGUCGGUGCCUUUUUGCUGGAGUAAGUUGCCUUCUGCCCUCCAUCCCCUUAUGGUUUGAAAUAUAUAUGUAUACAGAUGUAUAUAUGCAAGUGCGCCGCUUUGGCGGCAGACGGGUGUGUGGGCACUUGGCGCUGAACCACACAAACGU